CCCAUUCAAGAAUCUAAAACACCAUGCUGCAAGAAAACAGCUUUCCUAGCAUCCCUUGAUAUCCUUUCCAAGAGAAGACCAUAUCCAUCAGAUGUAAACAACACAAAUAGCUUCAUAUGGGAUUAAGUUAAUGAACUGGAAAAAAGAGUAUUUAGAAUCUCUAUUCGUAUGGAUGUAACGUCACGAAUAGAUUAUUAUCCUCGAUCUGGUCGAAGUUUUGCUGUUCACAGUUGGAAGAUUAGAGAUUUAUAGUCGUAGCUUCAGUUGAUUACUUUGGGAGAUGCGAUGAGCUCAAUUGAAUGUUGCAGAGUGGGUGAAGUGGGUUAAUUACAUAGAAGAUCAGAGUAAAGAAUGAAUCAAUGAAAGGUCGUGAGUCUCGUGACGUUAAGGAGAGGUGAACGACGUUUAAGUUUUCUGGAACUUUCGAUAAUCUUUGAAGGUCCAAGGGGAGACGACGAAACAACCUAAUUUUAACUGGGCUUUAAAUGUUUUCUAGAAGCCCAUACGCAAGUCUAAAGCAAAAAAAAUCCAUACUCAAGUCAAAAGUCGAAGAAACAUAAAUUGUGUCGGAUGCUUUUCUAACGUGUGAUCUAACGACAUACGUGGCAUGAUUUGCCCCUCCCUCUCUGAUGACGUGGACGCAGGAGGAGAGAGGCAAGUCAACUUUAUUGUAUAAGAUAUUCUAUUACUAUACGACUCUCGCUCUUAUAAAAUAUAUUAGCGAAAACUGGCGACUAAUUAAUCCUUUUAUUCUUAGCCUUUAAAUUAAAGUUCUAAAUCAAUGUGAACAAUAGUAUAGUGAAGUACUGAUACUGUUUCGGUGUAAAGUUAAAGGUUGCUCAAAGUAGUAACUCAUGGAUUUAAAGAAUAAAGAAAAUUAAAGUAAGAAGAUAGAAAAAGAAGUGUAAGAGAAUAAUUAAAUUAUAUAGACUUUCACAAGUCAUAGAAUAAUUAUAUAGACUCACUAUACUGCUCCAAAUAAGACAAGAAAAUCCCAAGAAAGACUCACAACAACAUCAACCUUAUCUUGUUUCUUUUUUAUUUUGUUUUUGUUUUUCAAUUUCAACCACUUAUUAAAAAAUCUCGACACUGGAUACUCUCAGGACAUAGCUCACAGUUUUUUUGGGGGCUCUCUUUAAAUUGUCCUUGUGACUUCUGUUUCUUUUUAAAAACUGAAUACUUCAAUUUUCUCAACUGACUGUGUCUUUUUGUCAACCGAAUGCUAUUUCAUUCAGUAACAAAUAUUUUGUAAAUUUAAUAAAUUUCUCUAAAUCUAUAUGUGGUAUUCUAUUAAAAUUUUGUCGAUAUCCUUUACAAAACGUAUUAAUUUGAUAGAUUACGAAGAUUAAUAAGGAUAAAUCAAUGAAUCUUAAUGUUUUAGUAAAUUUAUACUUCAUAUUUCGUAUGUAAAUGUUGUCAGUGAAAACAUACAAACCUGGAGUAAAUUGUAAUAAGUUUAAACUAAUGAUGCGGUUUGAAAAAUGGUGUUGAACGGAUACGAUCGAGCGAUAGAAAACAAUCAACAUGACGAACACUACUAGCAAACAUUUUUACCAAAAAACAUUAGCAAACAUGUCAAACUUUACAUUGAACAAAAAAAACAUUCACUAGCAGACAUGUCAUUUUACUGAUGACGUAUCCUUGCGCGUUCAUGAAAUAAUCCGUGCAUUUACAUUCACAUGAUAAAAUGAUUUACAAAAUAUUUCACGACAUGACAGUUCAUGAUAGCAGCGAAGGUGUGCAUAAAACAAUGAAAAUAUCAAAAAUUUAAAGCACGUGAACGAGUAAAUUUUGCACGUGCCAAUAUAAAUCAUGAACAGAGGUGUGAAAUCAAAAUAAUUUGUAGGGUGUGAUUGGUGAGAUGUUAGAGUAAAUACGAUAGAGAAACAUGGAGUAAAUGGGAGGGAGAGAGAAAUAAAAAAUUAGAGUAAAAGAGAGAGAAAUAUAUUAUAUUUAUAAUCUUUUGUGUUACUCCCAAUUCCACCGCAAUGAAGGAGAGGGAAAUUACAAGUAUAAAACCAGAAAAGACAAAACAGAAUAAUUACUUUCAGAGUAAAUGGGAGUAAACAUUUUUAUUUUAUUUUUUCACCUGAUUGGUGAGAGAUAGCGAGAAUUAGAGUAACUGUCACAUUUUACUCUACAACUUUACUCUAAAAGGUCUAUACAGUCAGACUCUUAAAUAACUGACGUUAUUAUCUUCUUUUUUUUUGUAACCUAAUGCUUCAAAAGUUUUAAUCCGCAGCAUCAUCGCAGUUAAUAGUAACAAAAAUAUUUACAUAUAUCAUAUAUCUAUACGUUUUUAUAACCGUAUUGCAAUUGUACCGCUUGUCCCGCACACAGUUUAAGGCUCCGAAUGGUGACUGCAAUUUAAGCGGUGCGGGACAAGCGGUUCAACUGCGAUGCGCUUUUAACAGUUAUAAAAAUAUAUAGAUAUAUAGUAUAUGUAGAGAUUUUUGUUAUUGUUAACUGCGAUGCGGAGCGGAACGGUUGUAAACAUUCGAAGCCUAAGUAGCUUAUAACUAAUAUAUUUUUUAUUUAAUUUAAUUUUGUAUAUAUAUACUGACAUAAAUAUAUAUAUAUAUAUAUAUAUACUGACAUAGAAUGUUAACUCGUACGAGUCUUAACUCUCUAUAUGUAUACUAUGGGUGUGCAUUCUCUCAUUUAUCAGAUAUCACUUUCUAAUCCCUAUACUUUUUCUGGCUAUCAAAUCAAAUGGACAGCAUUGUGAAUCUGGAUAAGUCAUGUUUGUAAUAUUAAUGUCAUAUUAACAGUAACACAGAAAUCUAAAUACUUUAGUGUAAAUUAUUUAAAUAGACAUUAUAUAAGAUAAAUUAAACAAAUAGCCUAGGGGUAAGCAUUUUACCUGAUACCCGAACCCGUAUCCGAAUCCGACCUAAAAACCCCGAACCGAAAUCCGAACCAAAAUAGCAAAAUACCCGAACGGGUAAUAUCUAAACCCAAACGGAUAUCCGAAGAUAACCAAACAUAUGUAUAUUUACCCUUAUAUUUCUUGUUUACAUCUCUCAUUUUAUUUAAAAUAUUUAUAUUGAUGUUACACAUAUUUUAAGAUCAUAUAAUAUAUAUAUAUAUAUAUAUAAUUACGAAGAAAAUGAUUUGUCACUCAAUUAAAACGCAUAUCAAGUUUUUUUGUUUUAUGUAUUAACAAAAGUUACACUCAAAAUUUCAAAACAAUAGCCAAAUUAAUGUUUAUUUAUUUUUGAAAUGUUAUCUUCAAAUCUAUCAAUAAUUCAAUCUAUUAAAAAUAAAAAUAUGUUAAGUGAAAUCUAUAUUUUUAAAUAGAAUAAACCUAAAAAUGAAAAUUUAAUUUUUUUUUCUUUCAAAAUCUCAAUAUUCGAAUCCUACCCGAAUUAAAAUAUCCGAGCCCGAUCCGAAGUAUAGAAAUAUCCGAACGAGUCCUAUACCCCUAUACCAAAAUAUCCAAAAAUCUAAAAUACCCGAUCCGAACCGAACGGGUAUCUGAACGCUCAUCCCGAAAAUAGCCAUAUCAUAAUUUGUCACAUAGUUGAACUACUUUCUCUUUCCAUAGGCGUGAGUCUAUCAAGUGGUUAUUACAUUUGACAAAUACUAUUCUACUUUGAUGUUAAUAUAUAUGGAAUGGAGUUUUAAUAACAUAUAAUAUAAAUAUAUGGAAAAUGAGAGAAUAUUAGUGAACUAAGUACAGGGUGUUAUGAAAAUGAGAGAGAAUAUUAAUAACACAUAAAUUUACACAUACAUUUAUAUAAGGGUGUUAUGGCAAUUAAUACAUAUGAUAUAGGGUGUAGUCUAAUCAUCUAGUUCUACAUUUAAUUAUAACUUUUUUAAGGUCAUAGGGUCAAAUUUUCUAUAAGUUUAUCACCCCCCCCCCCUCCCCCCCACCCUCUAAAAAAUUAACACAGGAUUAAAUUUAAUAACAAAAAAUAUUAGUGAACUAAGUAAUUUGUAAUUAGUUAGAAAUCAAUUAAAUUUGAUAUUUUACCAUAACCCAAACAAUAUAUAAUCCAAAAGCGAUCUAACUGAUCCAAAAUCUUAAAAUAAAUAAAUUAUUGUGAGAUUUUUAUAUUCUUUCUGUUUUAAAAUUAUCUAUAUUUUAAAAUUUUCACACCCAUUAAUAAAUUAUAUUAAUUUUUGGUUAUAAAUAUAGUCUGAUUAGUUAUACACUAUUUGAUCUAACAUAUAGUAUACACUAUUUGUCAAAGGUCUAAAUAUAUAUAAGAAAAAAAAAACUAAAUAGUGUGAAUGGAAAAUAUGAAAAGUAUGAGAGACAACAAAAAGAUGUUCACAAAAGAAGGAUUCGAUAAGAAAGGCCUUUCGCAGUCGAUGGAGCAUUCCUUUCUCUGUAUUUAUCCGAUCAAAUAAAGUAUAAAAUAUGACUUGAAUGGUUGCAAAAAAAAAAAAUAUAACUUGAAUAGCGGGGGAAAAGAAAAAGAUGUGAACAUGGCAUCAUGCGCAAUGCCACGUUGCCCAACAACAACAAUAAUAAUUACUCCAUUUGUUUCAUAUUCUCUCUGUUACUAAAUAUAAAAUAUUUAAGCAGAAACAAACAUAUUAUAGAAAAUUAUUUUUUAUCUAGAAAAUAUCAUUAAAAUUAUAAAUAAACAGUAUUCAACCAAUUACAAAAUAAAUUAUUAAAACAUGAUUGUGUACACAAUUUUUAAUAAAGUAAAAAUUACCUAAAAAAAUGAAAACAUCUUAUAUAUUAGAACAUCAAAAUUAUGUAAAAUAUCUUGCUUUUAAGAACAUAUGGAGUAAUAGAUGUCAUUCUAGUUUUUUUUUUUGUUACACGAAAAGUAUCACUUUACAAUUUCAAUACAAAUUAUACUUACUUUCAGCUAAAAAUUAAUUGCAAACUGCAUUAGUUUUAUAAAUAAUUUUAUUUAUCUCACAUACUAUUGGUCAGAAAGAUGUAAUUAAUAUUAACUUACAUAUAUUUCCGCUACUUUCUUAGUUUGUGUAAAAAAUGUUAAAAUGACGCUUAUUCAGAAACAUAAAGAAUAAUAAAUUAGUAUAAUCACUAUUGAGAUUAAGUAAGUUGUCCGAAUAUAACAAAAAGUAAAAUGUGAGAAUAUAAUUAAAAUGUAAGAUGUGACGAUAUCAUAUCACUAAUACUUUUCCCGACCUGUGAGUAUAACACGAUAGCCUGGGACGGAUCCGGAUAUCCGAGAAAUUUAGGAUACCUGGAUCUGGAUUCGGAUCUGUCGGAUUCAUGGAUUUAAUAUCCAAACCCGGAUUCGUGGUUUCCGGAUAUCCGAGUUUUGGAUAUCCAUUGCGAUAUUCUAUUACCCGCGGAUAACCGGAUCCGUAAAAUAAAUAAAAAUAACAAUUUAUUUUUAAAAUACUAUUUUUAAUAUAAUACAUAAAUUAAAUUGUUAGACAAGAUUUAUAAAUAUAUUUAUAUAUGUCUAUAAUAUUCUAUUACCCGCGGAUAUCCGGAUCUGUAAAAAUAAUUGAAAAUAAUAAUUUAUUUUUAAAAUACUAUUUUUAAAUAUAAUACAUAAAUUAAAUUGUUAUACAAGAUUUAUAAAUAUAUUUAUAUAUGUCUAUAAUAUUGUAAAAACUAAAAUAUAAUAUUAUAAGAUUAAUUCAUGUAUAAUAUUGAUGAAAUUUAAAAAUUAUUUUUUUAAAAAAAAUACGGAUCCGGAUAUUCGGACCUAAAAAUUAAGAUAUCUGGAUCCGGAUUCGGCUUGGACGGAUCCAAGAUUUUGCUAUCUGAAUUCGGAUCCGGCCACCCCAGAUAUCCUAUUUUUGGAGCGGAUCUCGGAUCGAAUCCGAAUCUCGAAUAAUAAGUCGCAGGCCUAUAACACAAUCAUCUUAUUCUAACAUUUAAUCACCUUUUUACCGAAUUUAACCGCUUAUGUUACUUGGCUGUCCUUGAGGAUUUCACAAAAUAUAAUUUUGUGUUAUAUAUAUUCAUUUUAUUAAAUCAUAUAAAAAGGCUGAGUCAUAUCUGGGUAUGCCUGUGUGGGUUUGUUUUUUUUUUUGUUCGUUUAAGUUGAGAUAUACAAAUAGGUAUUAAAAUAUCAUCUAGCCCUUGUACAUAAUUAAAAGUAUUAAAAUCCUAUCUUACUUUUGAUUGUACAUUUAAUAAAUUUCUUUUUCGAAUUAAUAAAUUAAAAUUAUGGUUAAAGCUAAUUUUUUUUUUUAAUUUUUUGCAUUAAAAUACAAAAAUAACACUAAUAAAAAUAAAAUAUCAAAGCAAUACUCUUUCGAAACGGAGAAAAUAACAAGUAGGAUUAAUUUUUAUCUUAAAAUUAGUAUUCUAUAUCAAAUUAAAUUAAACCAUUAUAUUUCAUUUCAUUUACUAUUUUAUAUUUUAUAUAGAAUAUGGUAUAACAUGCUAUUACAUUUUAUACUAGAGGGGUGCCCGCGCUUCGCGCAGGAUUUUGGUUUAUUAUUGUUGGAUAUGAUUUUUUGAAUGAUGUAAUUAUGUGGCCAGUCUUAUUUGUGAAGAGCAUUAUUUGAUGUUUUAUUUUGUUAUGUAGUAAUAGGUAAUAUUACGUGUUUGUUUUUCAAUAAUGUGUUGGUGUUUGUAUAAUAGUAUUUGUUAGUGGUGAAGUGAACUUCUGAUGUAAAUUAUAUUGAAUUUUAAUAGCUUUGCAUUUAGGCAUUUGUUGAUUUUAAGAUUGAUGGUUUUAGCAUCAGAAUUGUAUUUUAAUUUUUCACAUUUUUUCACAUUACUCUUUUAAGAUGUUUUUUUCCGCUCUCCAUAUUUUGACCUUGAGCUUUCACCAUCUAUGUAAUUCGCUUACCUUUCCGGUGUGCGGUGCUUCUCGCCAUCACUGGGAAAAGACUCACAUUCGUGUUCUUGUUUUUCUUCACAUUCAUCUCCUAUGAGAUUAUCUUACAUUUGUUAUAGAUCUUGCUUAUGAGUUCCUAAUUGUGUGAUUGUUUCUCACUGUGUUGUAGGUUGUUUUGGUCAAUAUUGGUCUUUUUUUUUUAGAUUUUGGCUAAUGUUAGGAAAUCAUCUCGUUGGAUCGGGUCAGCAUUCAGUUAUCUUUGAUGUUGUCUUUCUCUCGUUGACUUGCUGUCGAUAGUCUAUGCUCGUCUUAGUUUUCAAGAAUUGGUUUUUGGUGAUCUGAAUUCUAUGCUCUUUUUCAUAGCUCGAGGAGGACUCCACGGUUUGCUGAUUUUGUUUCGUCUCCUUUUCUAUCUUUGUUCUCUCAUCUUGUUGCACCUUUUAUUGCUGCUUGCAUCUUUGGUGGCUCUUUUUUCAUCAUAUUUGAUACUCCAAGUUUGGAUAGUGUUUUCUUAUGUGUAUGUUCUGUGGGGUUGGAAGGUUGUUUCAAAUCUGAAGCUUGAGCUCUUGUUUCUAGGUGGCAGGCUUCCAUUCUCCCUCUCUCAGGUUGUUUCUCUUCUUCUCAUGUUGUUUCUCUUCUUCUCAUGCUUCCCUUUGUGUAAGUGUGCGGAUUUAGUCUUUGGAGAUUUGGUCUCUUCUAUCCUGAGCUUUGUGGUUCUUCGCUGACAUAGACGUUUUGUAUGUGCUUGUUUAGUUUGUGAGGUGCUUCUUACCUUUUAGCUGGUGGAUGUGACUCUGAUGCUUUAGGCAUGUGUUUUCUUGUCUCGUGGUGACUCUGGUCUCCUGAUGACAGGAGCAGACACACUGACAACAGUACGGGGUCACGUGCCCCCUACUUAUUUUCAUUUUUUCUUAAGUAGUAUAAAUUAAUUUGAUUAAUUGUUAGUUUACUGAAGAAAAUUGAAAAUGUGUCCCCAUCCAAAUUUUUUUUUACUGUUUCUACUGUUGUGCCCCCGAUUAGAAACGUUUUUAGAUCCGCUCAUGCCUGAUGAUUAUUCUUUCUCUGACCUUUUUUUAUUUUUUGAGUUGGUGCUUGAUCACGCUCCUUUGAGCUCGGGAGAAUGCUUUGUCGUAUAUUUUACUCCCCUGGUUCCAAAACAGUAAAAUGUUCUGUUGUUUCAAAAUAAUUAAUGAUAUUUUUAUAUUUUUAUACUAAUUUUAAUUUUAUUGAAAAAUAUGUGACCAAUGAUGUUUUAUACUUAUUUUUAAAGAUUGGAUGAAUUAAUUUUGGUUUAUAUUUUUAAUAUUUUUCUUUAAAAAAGUGUAUACCUUAAUUCUUGUGCAUAAGGAAUAUCUUUUUUAUCUUUUUCUAACAUCUGCUUAUUCUAUCCAAGACAUUAUUGGUAAGAUGAUGUAAGUUAGUUUUUUUUGUUGAUAUUUUUCCAGCUCUAAACUUUUAUUGAGUUAGUGUUACUUUUUCUCUUUGGUUGUGGAAAUUGUAGGUUUAGAUUAUGUGUUGUAUUCUAGUUUUUUCUUAUUAGUUUGAUUAUUUAAUAAUUUUAAUCAUAAAAUAAAUAUAUAAUUUAUAAAUAAAAUAAAUAUAUAAUUUAUAAAUAAAAUAAAUUUAUAAUUUAUAAAUAAAAUAAUAAAAUUUAUGUUAUUUUUAGUCAAAAAAUAAAUUAAAUAUUUAAAAUAUUUAUUUAUUUCUUUAUUCAUCUUGAAUUUUUAGUGACCAAUAAAAUAAAUUAUCAAAUUUUAUACAACAAUGGUUAGUGCAAAAAGAGUAAAUAGUGCAUAAUUAGAAAAAAAUUGGCUAAAUUGCAAUAAUCUAUGACGAAAAGAUUUAAAAUGUAAAAAAAUUAUAUAUAGAGAACACAUGUCAUCAAACUCCCUUGCUAUUUGUCAUAAUAAGAGAAAAAGUUAACUUGAUAUAUAUAGAUAGAUGUACUUCAAUGGAAUGUUGUGCUGACAAAAAAAAAGGGGAAUGUUGUGUGUUUUUAGUGGCAAUAAUUGUUACUGUGUUAGAAAAUUUAUGUUUAUUCUUAAAAAAUCAAUCAAAUUAGAAUAAAAAUUAGUAGAAUUACGAUAUAGUAUAUAUAUAUGUAUAUCUAUACUAUUAAAGAAAAAUCCCUACUGGAAUUUUGCCCAUAGUUUUUGAAGUUAUUUACAAGAGAAUGCCAUUAUCUAGUUUGGAUUUUUUUUAAUUAAUUUGCAUGCUAUAUUUAUAACCCAUCAUUUUUAAAUAGUUUUUGACCCGUAAUUAAUUAAUUCGGUUGCCAUAUUUAUAACUAAUCACAUUUAUAACUAAAAUAUUUAUAACCAAUCCCGCACAUAUUUAUAACCGACCAUAUUUAUUAUAUAAGAUUUUUAUUUAAAAAGAAAUAAAUCCCGCGCUUUUAAAGCGUUGAUGAAAAUCUAGUAUAUAAUUAAAACUAAGAGAAAUAUGAAACGGAAUAUACUUUAAUGCAGAAAGAACUAAGCAAUGGUAUUAUUCUUUUUUUUGGACAACACUAAGCAAUGGUAUAAAAAGUCUUUCCAUGGUGAGGUUAUAACGGUCUUUUCGGCUACCACAUUUCCCAUUUGUUACUCAAUUGCUUCUGAAAUCUUUUUUCUAAGUAUUGCCUUUUUUUGUGCAACAAUUAUAAGUAUUGUCUCUGAAAUCAUAAUAGUACCUUUAAUUAUUGACUCUCUUUUAGUUAUUAAGUACACUGUUCCAAAAACAAUUUUCAGAUUAAAAAAAUAUCUUGAUUUUAUUUGUUUUGUCAGCAAAAAAACCUUGAAUCUAACGGCGAGGAAAUUCAAAACAAAAUCCGACGAUGGAAACUUGAUAAAAAUCAGAACUGGAGGGCAUAUAUAUGAGUUGUACACACAUCCCACACUACUCACUCCCUUUUAAAAUAAACUAUUUAUUAAAGUUAAAAAAACUAUUUAUCUUUAUUAAUAUAUUGUCUUAUCAUGAGGUGAUUAACGUGGCAUCUAGAGGAUUGCUUGGCCUGAGAAAAAUGGGGAGGAAGACGUGGUUCGACGACGACGGGAUGAAGAAAGGAGAGUGGACGGCGGAGGAAGACCAAAAGCUUGUUGCUUACAUCAACGAGCAUGGCUUAUGUGAUUGGCGUUCUCUCCCCGAACGAGCUGGUCUGCAGAGAGGUGGAAAGAGCUGCAGAUUAAGGUGGCUUAACUAUCUACGGCCUGGGAUUAGAAGAGGCAAAUUCACUCCUCAAGAAGAAGAAGCGAUCAUCAAACUUCAUGCUGUUCUCGGAAACAGGUGGGCAGCCAUAGCGAAGAAGAUGGAGAAUCGAACAGACAACGACAUCAAGAACCAUUGGAACUCUUGUCUCAAGAAAAGACUGUCGAAGAACGGAAUCGACCCGAUGACCCACGAGCCCAUUAUCAAUAACCUAACCGUAACGACCACUAACGAAGAAGAAUGUGGUAGCUCUCCCACGAAUACGUCGCUGACAACGGAAAGCCAUUUUUCCUCCUCACCUUCCGGGUCGGCUUGUCUCCUGAACAAGCUCGCCGCAGGUAUCGCAUCUAGACAACACGAUCUCGACAGGAUUAAGAACAUCUUGUUGGACCGGAAAAUCACCAUCAAUGAUCAAGACGAAGAAGGAGGAUUAAGGAGGGACCAGAAGAUUGGCGAAGAAGAUGAUUUUCUGAUAUGGGACGAUGGAGAAGUUAGACGUUAUAUGGACACUGACCCAAUGGAGUACGAGACGACACCGUAUGACUCUGUCUUGUACGAGAGUACUCAGAUACUUGAUUAUCUCUUCUGACUCAGUCCAGUGCUAGUGUUUGUGUGUUAUUAGCAUAUGGUGUAUUGUAGCAACAAAGAAAAUUAAUGUGAACCACUUUGACCAAGAGAAUGAUUCCCUAAAGGGAAAGUCUUUUAGUACAUGGUUUUUGAUUAACUAUAUUUGUAGAAUAAAGUUUGAUUACCAGGAAAUGUUAUGAGCUUGCGACGUUCAAGCAAUAAUGGUUAAGA